AUGGACACAAAGAUCAAGAACGUUGCCAAUACGCAUGUUGUUUGCUGGGGUGGGAAGAUGCUCGCGCUCUAUGAGACUGGUCUCCCCUACCGUCUAGAUGGGAGUGACCUGGCGACCCUCGGACCGGAGACCUUCGGCGAGGAACUUCGAGAAGGCACAGCUGCUACUCUAGGGUUCGAGCCUCUGGAUUCGGUGCUGGGAUUCGGGGACGCUGUGACGGCGCACCCCCACAUCGACCAGCGGCAGAGGCGCCUCAUCAUAUGGUCUACUAAGAACAAUCCUCUGGACGGCGUCGUCGAGUUCGCCGUGACCGAGCGGGACGAGCAGUGGCGGGCGCGGGCGCGGGUCGCCUUCCGCACGAGAGCGGGCACUGCGCCCCACGACUGCGCGUUCACCAACAGCUUCUACGUCUUCGCCGAGAACAGGAUGGAGCUCCCCCCCGAGGGUCUGGCGAAGUACCUGCUCGGCCUGGCUGGCCCCGCCGAGGGCAUCCAGGCCGAUCCAGACGCGCCGAGCAGGAUCCACCUCGUCGCGCGCGACGGCGCGCGGGACGAGGCGGGCGGGCCGCGCCACCUGGUCGUGGAGACACCGCCGUGGUUCUCCAUCCAUCACUCGCACGCGGAGGAGGAGGUCUCGACGGACGGCACGGCGAGGCUGGUGACGCUGUAUUCCGCGGGGUGGAAGCGCGAGGGCCUCGCGCGGAACGGCGGCCGCUUCCUCGCGGCGUGGGUCGGACGAGCGCCAGACUUCGACGCGAUCUCCCCCACGCACUACUGGCGCACGAGGAUUGAGGUCACGGGCUCCGGCGCCCGCCUGCUGGAGCACGCCGUGUUCCCGGGCCUGGAGGCCGUCUGCAUGGACCACCCGCACGUGCUUCCUGCAGAGGAGGGCGGCGCUGGCGCCUCAUACGCCUACAUGACGUAUUCGAACUGCGACGGGCUGUCCUCCCCGGCCACGGGCUGGGCCCGCCUCGACCUCAGGUCGGGGGGCUUGUCCGUGUGGCAGGCCCCGCGCAGGGGCGGCUGCUUCGCCCAGGAGCCCGUGGUGGUGCCCAAGGCCGCGGGCACAGGCGCGUGGAUGCUGGGGGUGAUGGACGACCACAGGAGGAACGCGACCUGCCUGUGUGUCUUUGACGGGGACGACAUGGAGCGUGGUCCAGUUUGCCGCAUGUGGCUGCCCGUCAGGCUUCCAUAUGGGCUCCAUGGCUCCUUCCUGCCUGCAGGCUCGCUCGGUGACUGA